AUGCUUGAUGAAUUAUGGCAAAAAAUAAUUCCAUUUCUUAAUGAAGAAGAUUUAGAUCCUCGUCGAAUGUAUCGUCUUAUUGAAUUUAUUCGUACAUUAAUAAAUAAUAAAACAACAGUUAAUACAUUUCUUGAAACAUCACGUUGGUUUUUAGUUUUAAAAUUAACUAUUUUUGAAUGGCGUAUACCAGCUCUAUGGUGUGCUAUUAAUGAAUAUGCCAAAGAAAUUCUUGAUCAUCCAUAUAAAGCUGUUCGAGAAUAUAUUGCUAAUGUUUUAUCAGUAUCACUUAGUUUCGACAUUAAACUACCCAAUGGUCAAUCAACACGUUAUCCCGAUGCAAAUCUUUUUAUUGAUGCUAUUCGUGAACGAUUACAUCAAGCGAUAGAAAUUUACGAAAAAAAGCCAUUAGGUCAAUUUCUACUAAAAAAUUAGUCUAAAUUUUCUAUCAAAUAAUCCAUUCACUAAUUUCAACUUGAAAUAUCUAAUUUAACGAGAUUUUGACAUACAAAGAAAGACAAUAGCUUUCUGGAGUAAGAUUUCUUUGCCAUUUUCAUCUAUAUUCAGUUAACAAAUGUCAUUCGAUCCCAUAUUUUGAUUAUGAAUAGCACUAGAUGAAAUUUUAAAAAAUCCAUAUGAAUUCAGACUUAUAGGCUAG